GUGCCCCGUGCCCGUAAACAAACAAGAAACUUGUCCGCCGGUCGGUAGUUGUGCUUGCGGCGGAGCGACUGUCACAAACAGUGGGUGGACUUGGACUUGAGCACUUGGAACUCGCCCUUGAUAGCAGCCUCAUCUUCGGUACGAUUCCAUUCAGGGUGGAAGCCAAGCGAAAACGGCGCAGCAGCCACAGAGCCGCAAAUUCUUCUGGUGCAGCGGUUCAGCCGAGAGGCCUAACCUUCCCCAAUAUGUCUUCCCGUGGACGCAUUAUUAAUUUGAUGCAAACAAUUACUAGCGGGUCAUGUCGGUGUCCUGCUCACUCCAAACAUUCAUCACAGUUUACUGGGGGGCCAGCAGCUCUGCAAUCAAAGGAUUAUGCUUUCGAGAUGACCUGUUCCACUGUGCGAUAUGGACCUGGUGUCACUAGGGAAGUUGGUAUGGACAUGGCCAACAUGAAAGCCAAGAAUGUAUGUGUGAUGACAGAUCCUAACAUUGCUAAGCUGCCACCUCUGAAGGCCACAGUGGAUGCUCUGACUAAAGCGGGUGUGAAAUUUGAAGUUUUUGACAAAGUUCGAGUGGAACCCACUGAUGGAAGCAUGAUUGAAGCUGCAAAUUAUGCAAGGGCUCAUGACUUUGAUGGUUUUAUUGCUGUUGGAGGUGGUUCGGUUAUUGACACCUGCAAAGUGGCAAAUUUAUUCUCCUGUGACCGGGAAGCUGAGUUUUUAGAUUACGUAAAUGCUCCAAUUGGCAAAGCAAAACCUGUAACUGUCCCACUAAAGCCAUUGAUAGCUAUUCCAACAACAUCGGGUACUGGGAGUGAGACAACUGGUGUAAGUAUUUUUGACUAUAAGAAGAUGAAUGUCAAGACUGGAAUUUCACACCGAGCACUCCGUCCUAUUCUUGGCAUUGUUGAUCCACUGCACACCCUUUCUUUGCCUGAAAAAGUUUGCGUUUACAGCGGGUUUGAUGUCUUAUGUCACGCUUUAGAAUCAUACACUGCCAUUCCCUACACAGAACGUAGCCCCAGGCCAGAAAAUCCGAAUCUCCGACCAGCCUAUAAUGGGCAAAAUCCUAUUUCAGAUGUUUGGGCAAAAUUUGCUUUCGACAUUAUGCGCAAGUACUUUGAAAGAGCUGUGUACCAGCCCGAUGACUUGGAGGCAAGAUCUCAGAUGCAUCUUGCUUCAACUAUGGCUGGUGUUGGAUUUGGUAAUGCUGGUGUGCAUCUUUGUCAUGGAAUGUCAUACCCCAUUUCUGGAAAUGUCAAGAGCUUCCAGCCAGCUGACUAUGAUGACGAUCAUCCAAUGAUUCCCCAUGGUCUCUCCGUGGUGAUGAGUGCACCUGCAGUUUUUAAUUUCACUGCUGCUGCCUGUCCUGAGCGUCAUCUUGAGGCUGCUCAGAUUCUAGGCACAGACACUACAAAUGCUAAGAAAAGUGAUGCAGGCCGUGUCUUGGGAGAUACGAUGAGACGCUAUAUGCAGAUGAUGAAAGUUGAAAAUGGUUUAUCGGAUCUUGGCUACAAUACUGAUGACAUCCCAAAACUUGUGAAAGGAACUCUCCCUCAGUCUCGCAUAAUUAAACUGGCACCACGUGAACAGUCGGAAGAAGACCUCCACAAUAUGUUUGAAAAUUCUAUGACUGUGUAUUAGGUGGGACUGAAACCAAACACUGAUAAGUAGAACGCUCUCUCUUAUAGCAGUGUGUAUUGAUGGAAAUUUUACUUGUACAUAGAUAUCAUAUUUUAAUGUGCACAAAUAUAUUUUACCCUGAAACAUUCACCAGAUGAUAUAAAAAUAUAAAUUCAUUGUUGACGAGAAAAAUUAAAUCACUCAAAAAAGUUACGCUAA